GUGAAUAUAGCGGCUGAGUCUUCUUCACACUGUUCUUUAGUGGGACUGCAAAUGAGCAAAUCACCUACAUUACAUUACAUUACAUUACGUGGCAUUUAGCAGACGCUCUUAUCCAGAGCGACGUACAACAAAGUGCAAAUCAAUCACAAGAACAAGUGCAAAAGUAGACCUGAGAGGACAGUACAGUUCCGAGUCCUAGUGUAAACAUACAGAAAUUCAGAACCCUUGAAGAGUACAAUCAACAUUCAAACUAGCAUACCACUGUUGGCAGCUAGAAUACAACAACAGCCAAUAAAAAGAACAAUACCUAUACAAGUAACAAUAUCUAUACAUAAGUGCCAUUACGGUCUAAGGCUAAUCACAGUGAUUGUGAGUUGGGGAGGGAAAGGUGUAGCCUGAAGAGAUGGGUCUUCAGUCUGCGCUUGAAGGAGGUCAGAGACUCUGCCGUUCUGACAUUCACCGGGAGGUCAUUCCACCACCGUGGGACCAGGACAGACAGCAGUCGUGAGCGUGAAGUGCAGGUGUGGCGAGGGGGAGGCGCCAGACGGCACGAAGUGGCAGAACGGAGGGGUCCCACGGUAUUGAAAGGUUAUCAAGGUGAGUCCCUUUACUAUGGAGACAGGAGGGUCAUGCUCAUGAAGGAGGAGAAUGUGGCCCUGCUGACUGAGGCCCAUGCAGGCCAUUUCAGAUGCAGGAGAAGAUCACUCCCAGGUUUUAUUGACGUGGUAUCAUGCAGGACACCUUGGAUUGGCGAUCAACCAGCUUUGGGAGAUUUGAUGUUUUCAGGAAUCAGCCAUCCCCAAUCAAGCCAGAGGAAAAUGGAGAGACUCUGCCUAUUGAUGGAGAGUCUGGAAUUCAAAGCUGUGGUCAGAGUAAACCUGACAGCAUUGGAAAGAAAAUGAAGGCCAUCUCCAUGACUAUGCGCAAGACGAUGGGCAGGAAGUAUGUGAAAGCUCUCUCAGAGGAAAUGGGUGUUGGCAUGGACCACAAGGGGGAGGCAGAGGGAAGCCAUUCCCUGGGAAAUGGUUCCAGGAGGAACAGCAACUCCCUGGAAAGCAUCAACAGUGGUCAGAGCUCCUCCAGUGGUGCCACCAGUGGGUCUGAUAGGUCCAACACAGAUAGCCUGAGACUGGAGGAGGAUGUCCCAUACACAGGACAUUUCUGCGGGAGAGCCAGAGUCCACACUGACUUCGUCCCAAGCCCAUACGACGCAGAUUCCCUCAAGCUCAAGGUUGGGGACUUAAUCGACAUCAUCAGCAAGCCACCCAUGGGCAUGUGGACAGGCAUGCUCAACAACAAAGUUGGAAAUUUCAAAUUCAUCUAUGUUGACAUUAUCGUAGAGAAAGAGGCCGAACCCGAAAGGGUACGACCACAGAGGCAGAGCACGCACCUCAAACCAAAGACGCUCCAGGGGUUGCUGGAAAGCCUUCAUUUAGAGGAGUACACCUCAUCACUGCUCAUCAAUGGCUACCAGACAGUAGAGGACCUGAGGAAUUUGAAGGAGAAACAUCUAAUUGAGUUGAAUAUGACCGAUCCAGACCACAGGCACCAGCUACUGGCCGCUGCAGAGUGUGUCAUUGACAAAGAGACACAAGGUGAAAAUGAAACAGACAGCAACCCUGAAGCUGAAUCCCAGUCAGACAAUCUGAAGUUGGAUGAUGACUGCCCAAGAGACUCCGACUGCUACAUAACGUCCUCAGACAAUGGGAGGGAAGACACAGAAAGCCACUGAUCAACCCCGACAUACAGCAACCCCAUGUUACCAUUUCCUCUUAAUCUAAAAUGCAUUACAUAAUGGCUCUCACUCUCAGGGUAAUUCAGGUCCAAGUGGUUCAAUAAAGUGUACAUAGGAACUGAAGAGGGUAGGAGAGCCAGGCAAUGAAACCUACUGUAGGAAGUAAGGGGAAACAGCCUCUACUGCUCAUAAUAGUUUGCAACCCAUUCAAUUAAAUUCAUAAAAUGAAGCUGAUUUAAGAACCAAGAAAAUCUAAUCACUCAGUUAUUUGUGAUCAUAAAUGUUAUUAUAUGUAGCAGUUUGUGAAACGUUAGCCCCGUUAGCCAGUACAAUUACAGGUCUACAUCUAUAGCAAGUCCAAAUCCUGUAAUUACGCACAUUUGUAUAUUAAUUCUGCUAUGUGAUUGUUCCUAAACUGUCCAUCGCCUAAAUAUGACACAUUAUACCUUGCUGGAAAGGGUAGGAAACCCUGUACAAGAAGCUUUAGUUUGGUACUGAAAUGACCUAGCAAUGCAUUUACGCAACAAUAACAAAUUGUUCCUAGAAGGCUUUUGCUUGGGUAUAGUCCCGGCAAAAACAGGUUUCUCGAAAAUGGCUGAAUGGAUUAUGAAAUAAACGUAGUUAACCAACGUUAGUCAGAAAACAGUUGUAGCUUCAUAACCAGGUGGGAUAUUUGGUUCCAUAAAUAUGUUUGUCUCAAAUAAUUUGCAAAACAAGCCAGAAAUAUGUCGGCAGGACAUGGAAUGAAAGUAGGCUAAAGUGAGAAAAAAAGGGUUUAUUCAAGCAACUUCUGAAUUUUAUAUUUUUGUUCUUAUAUUGGAACAUGAUUUUUUGAUACAGAGAAAUGGUUUAAAAAUGCCUUUUAUUGUCUGAAUCUGUGACUUAGCCCAAUCAACUGUACAUCGCUCUGGAUAAGAGCAUCUGCCAAAUGGCAAUAAUCUAAAUGUAAUGUAAUGUGACUAGAUCAGGGUUGUAAACCUUAAGUGUGGCAUGGGGGAGCCUGCUGUUUUAUUGCCCUGCAUUGCAAAUAAGGGGAAGUAACUGUUAAGAAUCUAAACAGCUGUUAGCGGAGACUUGUUAACAAUCUGGCAUCGCCGUUUUGCGGUUUUCUUACAACACAGUUUUUUGUAUGACAUAAAUAUAAACACAACAAUAAUUUGUGACGUCGACGACUCAACCACAAAUGGACAGAUGGGUUAAACAUUUUCACAAUCUGCUUUUCAUAUGAAAUGUAUAAUGAUUUGUUAAUACAAUCAAACAAAAUACAAUCGGGGAAGUUUUAAUUUGCCUUCAAUAGCAUGACAUUCACUUUCAUGGUGAGCUCCAUACUGUAUGUUUUGUUUUUGUUUUAUACCUUAGUGACCAGACUCACUGACUAGGCGACAUAUCGAAUGGCUCCAUGUCUGGCUAGGUUACAAGAGUGCAACCAAGGCUUGGGGAAAUGGCAAGGACUAUUUUGCCACUUUUUUAUAUUUUAUUAUCCAUGCUGUAGUGUCCCGCAUGUGCAUGUGCCUUUAUGAGAGACAGUGUUAAGUUAUUUUAAAAAGCCUUGAGAGUCAUUUUACUCAAACAAUGAAUACACAGUAAAAUAAAUACACUGAGCCAUCGGUAAAUGCUGUAUAUAAAAUAACAAGACACAACAAGGUGACUGUACGCAUGCAUACAAUAUUGGUCUGUGUAGCUCUGAAUCUGUUCACCUUCCUCUUACCAAUACUUUAUGUUGCAAGCUAUGUUUUUACCAUUGCCUGACUUACUGCCCUUAAAAUUGAAUAUUGAAUAUUUUAAAAUAAAGGUUUGAAUUUAAUGCAUUUAAUGUACUUUGUAAUAAAAAAUACAUAUAACCCAAA